AUGGCCGAAGGCUUCUGCUUUGCCGAAAAGAAACCUCCCCGUCCUGGGCAGUUCUCGCGGAGACCUAAACCUGAGCAGCCUCAAUCAACUGAUACUUCCCAAUUCUUCCCUGUGCCGACAAACAUUCCUGCUAAACACUCUCCACCCAGUCCACUACUCGCCCCUGUCCAUAUCCAUAGGCCUACGGCACCUUUAGAUCUCCCUGAGCUUGGUCUAACAGGCGGCAAAGUUCUCUCUGAGAUUUCUUCUCAUCAUAAUGGAGAAAACCUCAGUGGUCGGUCGGAUAAUUCUUCGAGUCACACCAUAAUUCCACUGGAGAAACCUUCUACACGAGAAAGCCCUGGCGAAGCAUCAGUCAUCUGUAUUGGCAGCUCCGGGCUCUCUCAUGAAAACAUAUCAGAAGCUUCUGAUAUAAACGCACCACCUCCAACAGAAACUGGAUCUACCUUGGAUGCUUCUCGCUUCAGUAAAGGGGCUACCAAAGCACAAGUUUCUCAACAGCUAGGAAAACAGGCAAAAAUUUCUCUACCUCACAUCAAAGUCCAUGGACGCCAACUUGAAGAUCUAAAACUUCCCCUUCCACAUAUUACCCGUGUUGACCGAGUCUCACAUCAACCGCCCUCUUCCAGUGUUUGUGGUGACCUGGAGGCACCUGUUCCCCGGACUCCCAUGACCACUACAAAAUCCCGAAAUCGUGUAUCCCGUGGUCACUGGCCGACUCAGCCCCCAUCGGCAUCUAAAUACCACAGAGUGUCUGACAGAAACAAUGAUCGCCCAACUUCCAGGAGCAGCAAUAUCUCAAGAAAACGCUCAGCUAAACAGAGAGUCUAUCCUCCAUCAAAAUUUGAGCCUGACCGAAAGAAAAUUGCAAUGCAGAACGUGGCUGAAUACUGGAAUGAGUGCAUACAGAUCGCUGAAGCUGAGCGUCAGGAGGCCCUUCAGGAGAUUACAAUUCUUGAGGAUAAGUUGCAGCACACUCAGAAGGCUUUAGAAGAGUCUGUGCAACUCGUCUCAGAAAAAGAUUCCGCGAUUGGGGAUUCGAAGAGUCGCCUUGACAAGUUGCAAGAAGAAGGAUCACUGGCGGAAAAGGAAACUCAAAGAUUACAGGGUGAGAUUGAGUCUCUUCGCUCCGACUUAAUCAAAUCUCGAGAUCACGAGGCAGCCACUCAUGAAAAGUAUCGCAAACACCGAGCAAAGCUUAAUGAAGCUAUUAAAGAACAGCAGGAUCUCUUUUCAAGGGUUCGCAAUCUUCAUAAAGAAGCGAACGAUGAGCUGCAAAAGGAGAGGGACAGGCGAGAGAAAGAGGCCAAAGCAGUUGAGCUAGCAUUGGAGGACAGUCACAGGAAGCGCGAAGAACUCAAAUCGUGCAUUGAAAAAUAUCGUUCCGAGUCUGAGCAAGAAGCACAGAAGCGUAAGAUCACCGAUUACGUUGUAUCACAACCAGAGACUGACUGUAUGGCUUAG